UUUUCAGGUGAGCAUCGUUUGAAUCAUGUCAUCUACUGAUAAUGGUAUCGGGACAGUGUCUUGUGUAUCAAGAGAAGAUGUCUCGGACACUAAUCACAUAAAACGACCAAUGAAUGCUUUUAUGGUUUGGUCACGAAUCAGAAGAAAACAUAUAUCAAACGACUAUCCCAGGCUUCAUAAUUCGGAAAUUUCAAAAUUAUUAGGAAGUGAAUGGAAAAUGCUUUCAGAAAUAGAUAAAAUGCCAUUUAUCGAUGAAGCCAAACGAUUACGCAGUCAACAUAUGAUCGACUAUCCCAAUUACAAAUACAAACCACGUAGGAGAAACAGAGAAACCAAAGAGAGCUUAUUGAAGAAAAGUAAAUCGUCUAUCGGAGGCUUCUGUGAUCCUCUUCAGUUAGCUAUUAACAGAACUUUUUAUAAUCCAUGUGGUAAAAAUAAAUAUUUCUUAUAA